CCCGCCCCCGCUGGACACGUCGGGGCGGAAGUCGAGGUUCGCUCCACCACUGGCGCCCAGGCUGAAGCCACCCGCUUGGGGUCCGAGCCGGAAGGAAGUGGAGUGGAACGGGCAGGAGCCGGCUCCUCCUUGCCGGGUCCGAGCGGCAGCCAGCGUCUCUGGAACAGGCGCUCCAGGGGCCGAGGGGGAUGGGGACGAAGAGGCGGCUGCUCCCGGCCGCGGCCGUCCUGCUCUGGGGCUUUCUGCUACGGACGGCCACUGCUCAGGAAGGAAUUAUACAUGCAUAUGGAACCGGAACACCAUCACUAUCUAAGGACUACUGCAUGCUAUACAAUCCCUACUGGACAACUCUUCCCACUACAAUAGAAAAUGCAACUUCACUUAGUUUGGAAAACCUGACCACACCACUCUGCAACAUUUCUGACAUUCCUUCCACUGGAAUAAAGAACAAAGUAGUUGCAGUAUCAUGGGGUACCUGCGAAUUUCUGGAAAAAGCCAGGAUUGCACAAAGAGGAGGGGCUAAAGCCUUGUUGGUUGCCAAUGGCAGUUUACUUUUUCCUCCAUCAGGAAACAGAUCUGAAUUUCAAGAUUUAAGAAUAUUGAUUGCGUUUAUGAGUAACAAAGACUUGAGAGAUAUGCAACAGACACUUGGAAAUAACAUUUCUGUGAACCUGUAUUCACCACCAUGGCCUAAAUUUGACUAUACUAUGGUGGUCAUCUUUAUAAUUGCUGUGUCAAGUGUGGCCUUAGGAGGUUACUGGAGUGGCAUCAGUGAAUUGGAGGACAUGAAGGCAGUGACAAACACUGAAGAAAGAGAAACAAAAAAGAAGGAAGACUCUUUAACUUUUACUCCACUUACAGUUAUAAUAUUUGUGGUUGGCUGUUGUGUUAUAAUGAUCUUACUUUAUUUCUUCUACAAGUGGCUAGUCUAUGUUAUGAUAGCAAUUUUCUGCUUGGCAUCUUCAAUGAGUUUAUACAACUGCCUUGCAACACUGAUUAAGAAAAUACCAUGUGGACAAUGCAGGAUCUCAUGUGGCAGCAAAAGCUUUGAAGUAAGACUUCUCUUUCUUGCAGCAUUUUGCAUAUCCCUGGCUGUUGUUUGGGCAGUAUUUCGAAAUGAUGACAGAUGGGCCUGGAUUUUGCAAGAUCUCUUGGGAAUGGCUUUCUGUCUGAAUCUGAUUAAAACACUGAAAUUACCCAACUUCAAGGCAUGUGUAAUACUUCUAGUCCUCCUUCUCAUCUAUGAUGUAUUUUUUGUUUUCAUAACACCAUUCAUCACAAAGAAUGGGGAAAGUAUCAUGAUCGAAGUUGCAGCUGGACCUUUUGGAAGCAGUGAAAAGAAUGGUGGAAACUUGGUGGAAGCCACUGCUCAGCCCUCAGCUCCCCAUGAGAAAUUGCCAGUCGUUAUCAAAGUACCAAGGCUAAUAUAUUUCUCAGCAAUGAGUGCAUGUCUAGCACCCGUUUCAAUAUUGGGUUUUGGAGACAUUAUUGUUCCAGGUCUCCUGGUUGCUUACUGCAGAAGAUUCGAUAUUCAUGUCGGUUCUUCUAUCUACUUUGUUUCCUGCGUAAUUGCCUAUGCUGUGGGCAUGGUACUCACUUUUAUAGUUCUGAUGCUGAUGAAGCACGGGCAGCCGGCUCUUCUCUACUUAGUACCUUGCACACUCAUCACUGUUGUGAUUGUUGCUUGGAGGCGGAAGGAAGUGAAGAAGAUCUGGAACGGCACUAGCUACCAGAUGAUGGAAAACUUGGACUAUGGAGCUAAUGAAGAAAAUGUGACAACCAAUCAACAAACUGUUGGACAGUAAUAUUAGGUGAACCUGCAAUAAUCUGUUAUAUAAAUUUUUCUACAAAUAGACAAGUUUGAUUUUUUUAAAUAUGAAUUUUGAAUGGGAAAUUUGAAAGAAUCUUCAAUAAUUUGUAAUGCUUGCAUAUGUAUUUUUUAUAAGCUGGUACAAAGUACAGCAUAAAUAAUUAAAAUGUAUUUUAAGAGCCAAAAUGUUAGUUGUGCCUUCACAUUAAAUAAAAGCAUAUGGUCUGUGCAAUUUUCAAAUGCAUUGUAUGCAGAAUAUUUUUUAUCUGAAAGCAUAUCUUGCCCCUGGGCCUCUGGUUAAAUACUUUUCUUCUGGCUUGAAUUUGGUUUCAUGACUAGUGACAAAUUGCUAUUUUUGUCACAGUGAGCCUUUGAACAGAUUGUACUAUUAAAGAAUCAUACAGAUAUCUUACUAGUUCUUAAAUAUAUGUAGAAAUAACUAAAAUAUAAAAGAAAGCAAUUCUCUAUUUUUAAAAAAACUAAUAACUGACCCUCUCAAGUAAGCAGGGCAUAGAAUAUUAGAGUUUAGGGAAUAUGCACAAAAUGUUAUUUUUUUAUGUAAUGUAGUACAAGUAAAACAACUUUUAAAUUGGGAGUCAAGUUAAGAAUUUAAUAUUAUAUAUCUUGUUAAAACAAACCUUUUUUCCUGGAGCAGAUGAAAAAACAGAUGACUGAAAUUUUAGUCACUAACACCAAAAAUUAAAUCUGUUUUUAAAUAGCUUACCAUGUCUUGAUAUGUGGUAGCUUUCAUUUUUUCACUAACAUUAUAUUUGGCUUCGGUGGUUGUAAUCAUGUGGUAGCAAAUGGUAGCCUGAUAAUAUACAAAGUGUGAUGUGGUGGAAAGAACACAAAAUUGUCUAGAGCCUCGGUUUUAGUCCCUUUAGCCACAUUAACUUCUCUGCCUAUGUUUCUUCACCUGCGAAAGUAUUAGAUUAGAUGAAUUCUGAAGUCCCUUCUUGCUCUAAUAUUCUAUGAUUUACAGCUCAUUGAAUUGGAAAUCUGGCAAUUAGUCAAAAACAAAUCCAGUUCUCCUGGAGGUCAGUGAGUCAAAAAUCACCUUUAUACCUUUUUUUCCCUUUUGCUCUUCCUAUGAAUUCCUAAACAAAGAGUGAUUGUGCAACUGCCAAGAUAGUACAGUUCAGCAAAUAAUUUACAAAAUAUAUAUGAUAUGUGGCUAUGAUCUUCUGUUUUUAAGGACAAAGCAUAACUUACUGAAAGUCAUAGCUAAUUUUUCUCUUUUUCAAAAAUUAGACAUAAGACAGACAAAAUUUGGACCAUAAGAGAAUUUGGUUCUUUGGUUUAAUGUUUAACUUUGCAUAAGCAAAUUACUAAUAAAAGGGGAAAAAGUGAUUAAGCAUAGCUUAUUAAAACAAUUCCCUUUGGGCCAUCUUAUUUUUGCUUAGUGUAUUUUAUGAUCAGGACCCUUAAGAAUCUUCUAAUCUUGUCCCCUUCUGUUUGAAAAUGAAGAAACUAAAGUCCAGAGAGCUUGUGAGCCAAGUUAAUGCUUGUUAGUGGUUUACCUGGGACCAAAACCUAGGUUUUUGUAGGUUCUUACUGAAUGAAUGCCUUGGCUUCCUAAAACAGUUUCUUAUUAAGAAUCCAGCUUAUUUGGCAGACUCUAAUAGUGAAAGAGAAAAUAAGAUUAAAUUGUUUUAAAAGCUUCAUCUAUAUUUUGAUUGUAUAAUGUCAAUAAAUUUUUUCAUCUAAUUGAUUCUUUUGCAAAAGGGCUAUUUCAUAUAAACCCUGACAGGUAAAGCCUUAAAAACAUGAUAGGUGAUUAUCAUUUUCUGCUUUAUUACAUCAACCAGGGUUGCUUGUAAUUUUGUCUGUUGCAUAUGCCUUAAAAUAAAAAUUCUCUUUUGUAUAAUUGAAAUAAUUAUUUAUAACAGUUUUAAUGUAAUAAUCUUUUUGCUUCUUCAGAUAUUUUCCAGUUUGAAAAUGUGAGCCCUCUGAUACCAUUUCCUUUCUUUCUAAGCAUUGCGUUAUUGCUGCUUUCAAUGGCAAAACUUACUUUUAGUUAAAACUAUCAAAUGAACUCAGAAAUAGGAAAUGAUUUUUAACUUUCAUCAUGAGCAAUGUGUUCUUAAAAAGUUAGAUUGGUCAGUGCAAGAACUCAAAUAUAACAUAACUAACAAGUUAACCAAAAUAAUGUGCAAUUAUUAAAGGAGGUAAAAAUUCAAGUGAUGUUUUAACUUUAUAACUUCAUGGAGUACUGUACAAAAUUAUCUAAUCAACAAAAGCAAAGUCCAAAAUUAUCUCAAAUGACUAAAAAUUAGAGGAAGACAGGAUUUAGUAUUAGAAGUUUAUACAUUUUCUUUUUUUCCCCUUAUUAGUUUCAGGAAAAACAAAGUUUCCUUUUUGAGUUUAUCUUAUAAAACAAUAAACUUGUAUUGUCAUUAACACUAACAGAAAAAAAUAUAUCUAGUAUGAAAUAUAUAAAACUACUUCAAUUGUUGAGCAUUCCUUCUAUAUGGGGUAUGUAAAUGCAUGUUUAUAUACAUAUAAUUUUUAUUUAUUUAGAUUCAGAUACUACUAAAGUGUAAGGAUGUUGAGGUUGGGGAAAGGAUCUCAACAUUCCCCUCCAUUUGAGUUUUCCUAAAAUCAAAUUACAGAAUAUGCACUUGAGAAUCUUUUUAACUUCUUGAUUCUCUUUUUUCCAUCUUGCAUAAUAACUUGCCUUUUAAAUUAUUUCUUAGAGGGUGAAUUCUAUGUUGUUUUUUUUUCCGUGAGAAUUUGGACCUAUCUGUUGGAAUAAAUUUUCUAUUGGCCCAUGCACAUAGAUGACAAUGGGGAGUGGGCAUGUUUAAAGAGAAAAUAACAAAGCAUUGCACACUCUUUCCACUCACAGUGCAGGGCACACAACAGGUGCUUGGUAGAUGUUCAUUGAAUUUAAUUCUGAUUUCUGCAUUAGAAAAAAAUUUUUUUAGUAUUUCUGAAUAUUAAACAUUUGAAUACAUGUUUAUAUAUGCUUAGUUAGUGAAACUUCUAUCCUGAUCUUAGCCAAUGAGAUUUCUUCUAAAAAAAUGCUUUUCAUUCUAAAAGAAGACAUUGGAAUAGGAGUUUUUUCUAGUUUUCAUGGAUACUGACUGUGAUAAUAUGACCUGGGACAAGUCUAUACUGCACAAACACAACUUUUGACCAAUUUUAGGUCAAAUUCAAUCAGCUUUGUUAUUUUUGUCUCCAUAAUGCCAAAUCAAGCUUGCAAAUUUAAUGUUCACCUCUUUCAUUUUGUAGGUGCUUGGUCCUCUGACUAUUUAUGUAAAAUUACUGUCCUUUUUACCAAAUAGAAAAACGAUAAAAUAAAAAUGCAUAACAGUAUCUUCCACUUAUAUACUUCUUUAUAGUUUUCAAAGUGCUUUCCUCAAAACAACCUACCUUGUAAAAUAGGUAGAUGUUAUAUACAAAAUCACUUUGAGUUUCUCAAACAAAGUGAAGAUACCUGAAUUGAAUUGCUAAACUUUUUGUAAUUUAUACAUUUAGAAGCUACAAACUAUUACUUCAGUAAACAUUGUUCUCCACUGCUGAGCUUUCAAGCCAUGAAAAAUAUCCAAGGGAGAUCCUUAUAAUAUUUCCAUAAUUUAGGAUAAAGGUUUUUGCUUCUGUGGAAAAACUGAGUUUGAAAAAAGACAUUUAGAAAAAGAGUUUUCAUCCAACCCUUGGAAGCUAAUCAUUGUUAGCUGUGCAGAAGGAACAUCUGAGGUAAAUAACAAAAAAUGGUAGGAAAUGUAACAAUGCAUCAUUUCUCUACUUGGAAGGCCACUAAACCACUCGUAAGUAGCUACAUUUUUACAGGGGUAGAUGUUUGUUAGUUAUCUACUAACCCGAAGACAAAUCAAUUUAUUAGCUUUAUGUUCUGCUUACUCUAUCAGUUUAUUGUGUAAAGUGGCCCAAAAUAUCAUUCAGCUCAAAGUAGAAAAAUACUUAUUUGUAAAAUAACAGUGUUUUUUAAUUAAUAUCAAAUGAUUGCAUUUUCAUUGCCUAAAUGAUUCAUUUAAUGUGACUUUUUUUAGUAAUUUAAUGGAAUAUUUAUAAUUUGCAUUUCAGUGUUUAUAUUAACUUAAAACUUAACACUACUAGCUUUCUUCUGGCAGAAACAUUUUAAAGUAAAUCUGAAGCUUUUUCAUUUAGGAUAAUUAUGCAUUAUGCUUUGAACUACCAUUAUGAUAUGUAGAUACUGAUAGGCUAAAACAAUAUUUUAACUGUAUUUAAUGAACCCUUGAUAAUAA